AUGGCCCACGCACUCCCCCAGACCAUCUCCUUCCUCUCAUCCAUCCUCACCCCCUCCGAGCACCCGCCCAGCGAGCCCCAGGAGACCAUCCCCGCCAUCCUCAGCAUCCUCCGCGAGCCCGACGAGGACGAGAAGCCCGAGCGGCUCAAGGCGUUCCUCAGCAGCGCCGCCACCCCUCUCGGCGCCCUGCCCGACCACCAGCUCAACCAGCUCAUCCUCGCCCUCCUCCACCAGCACCACCAGGACAUCCACCACAAACAGCCCGCCCUCGCCCGCGCCUCCUCCCAGCGGAUCACCAUCGCCAAGUCCCGCUUCCAGCCCCGCGCCCCGCACCCCGCCUCCACCCCCAACACGCCCCCCUUCUCCGCCAGAUUCAUCCACCAGCCCAAGCCCGCCCUCAGCCUCCAGCCCCCGCCCGCCCUCAAUGCCUCCGCCCUCGAGUUCAAGCCCGUCCUCUCCCGCGCAGUCUCCAUGCCCUUCGAGCCCACCGCCGCCCUGCCCACGCCCCCGCCCGCGGCAGCCGAACACCCCGCCAGGCUCUCCGCCCGGCCCGCCUUUCUCGCCGACGCCCCGCGCUCAGCCACCGGCUUCCUCCACCACUCUCCCCUCGGCUCGCCGGCGCCCAACUCGCCCUACUUCCCGCGCAACAGCCGCCCAGCCACGCCCGAGAUCCCGCGCGACCCAUGGCUGACGCCCGUCCAGGACUCGCCCCGCCUCCAUUCGCGGCUGCAGAUCGAACAGCAACUGGCAUACAACGCCACCCAGCUCGACCCGGACGCGCUCUUCCUGCCCUUCCAGGCGAGCACCAGUCCCCUGAAAUCCCCGCUCCCCGAGAUCGUCACCCAGCAGCCCGGCUCCCAGGGCCUGCCGAACUGCAACGCCGACGCGCCCUCCUGUCCGUCGGCCCUCGAGUGGGGCAUGAGCCCGGAGAUGGCCGAGGAAAUGGCCCAGUUCUCCGUCUGGGCCGCAGACACCUCCGACUCCGACGGCUCCCAGCCCCCCGCGAUCGUCCACCAUCCGCCCGAGGAAGACGACGACGACGGCCAAUGGAUCACGCCCUACGACGAGAUGUGUGCCGCGCUUGCUGGCACCGGCGUCUCGGAGGCCUUGAUCGACGAGGCCCUCGGCCAGACCGGCUUGGACACGCAUAAGGCUAUCGACUGGUUGCUCCAACGUCACCGCUUCCCCGCUGCCUCCCAGCCGCCAUCUGCGGACCCCGCCCUGCUCGCCUCCAUCCGCCCCUCGUCCCGGGCAACCAGUCCAGUCCCCUCCAGCCCAAGACUCCUGCCCCGUACCAAAUCACCCGACCCCACUAAACUCAGAUUCAACAACAAAACUUCAUCGACCAACGGCUCUGUGGGCGACGACUCCGGCUUCGAACCCAGCCCCUCCCAUCGUGUCUGUCGGUUUUAUUUACAGGGUUGCUGUCUUAGAUCGGACUGCAAAUUCAGCCACGACGUCGGCAAAGCGAUCUGCCGCUUCUGGUUGAAGGGGCACUGCUUGAAGGGCGAGAGCAAGUGCGACUUCCUGCACUCGAUCCCGGACCUCACGACGGACGAGGGGGCCGGAGCGGCGGCCGAGAAGCCGCAAAAAGCGCCCGAUGCGCGCUCGUUUGCGGACGAGUUUCCCUCGCUCGCCGAGGCCGUCGGCCAACAACAGCAGCAGAAGAAGAAGCCAGGCAUGGUGCGGGUGUUGCGGGAUGUGCUCCUGCUGCCGACGGCGGUGGGGACCGGCGCGAGUCCGAGCUUAGCCAAGCUCACGGAGACGUAUCGGAGCAAGACGGCGGAGAUGGGCAUGCGCAGGAAAGAGUGCUACGUGCGCGCGAAGGAGUGUUUCAAGCGAGCCGAUGCGGCAGGGGUCAAGCAAUGGACGCAGGAGGGCGACGGGUGGACCAAGCGCUUGGCCGACGAGCCCCGCGCGACCGCCGGCGCCAUGAUCGCCGAGCGCAACCGGCUGAUGAAGGACGCCGUGCGCGCCGGCGUCCCCGCACGCAAAGACAAGGUCGACGAGGGCCCCGACCGGAUGCAUCGGGGCAAAGAGAUGGGCGGCGGGAUCUGUCUCGGCGUCGUGGCCCCGCCCGUCUCCUCGCGUGCCUCUCCGGUCAAAGAACGGAUGGAGGCGCUCAUGGACCUGCACGGACUGAGCCCGGACGACGCGGUGUACUACCUGGAGAAGUUCCUGAUGGCCCUCAAGACGGACUGUUUCCAGGGCCUGGCAUACGUCCUGACCCGGCCGGCCGAGAGCGAGGGCAAGGAGGAGGCCACGCUCGAGAAGGCGCUCGCCACUUGGCUCGAGCGCAAGCGCUUCCCGUUCCUUGCUCCCGCUGAGGCCCCCGCAUCCGGCCCUGUCCGGCGCGGGAUCAUCUGCAUCGACCCCGUCCGUUAA